AUUAGAAGUCAGCUUCAAGUCUCUGCCGUAGUUUCAUUUCCUUUGCUUUGCUUUCCUUUCGUUUCAUUUUAUAAGGUAUAGUGCGUGAUCUCUUCUGUUUCCUCUCCUCCCUCCGAUCUCGAGCCCCAAGGAGGAGAAGAAGAAGAAGAAGAAGAUGGUCUUCAAGUACCAUUCCUUCAUUCUCGGGGACGACGACGAACUCAACAGGGCUCGUCCAGGCUCCCCUCCAGCCUUCUUCUCUCUGCUUUCACCUGAUUCUCCCCGCGUCUGUGGUAAUUGCAUCCCUGGCGUUGCAGCUGGGGCGGCCACAUCUGGAGCUCUGGCAGUGACCGCUCACCAGUCCUCUGUCCCCGUUAUGCUCACCCGAGAACGGCUUCAUCAGCAGCACGUCAGAAAAAGAAAAAGUGAGACGGAAGGGUGGUCUCUCUCUUUAUCAACCCACCUAUCUUUUAUGGGGAUUUGUUUGGGCUUUACAGACACUACCCCUAGCGAUCUUAACGAAGUUGGUGCCUCUGAACCAACGAGAAAUAUAACGAUGGUCAACGCAUCCCCUGAGAAUGCCAUUACCAGGCACAUCUCACCACUUCCAAACCUGCCGCAGUUCACACUUGCCGAACUGAAGGGUGCGACUAAGAAUUUUGGAUCAGACUCAUUGCUUGGUGAGGGCGGGUUCGGGCAAGUCUUCAAGGGCAGGAUCAAUGACAAGCCCUCGUCAAAGACCCGGAAGGGCAGUGGAACACCAGUCGCAGUCAAGAGAAUGAACUCUGACGGCUUUCAAGGGAUUGAAGAGUGGCUGGCAGAAGUAAAUUUCCUUGGACGGCUCUCUCACCCGAACCUGGUGAAGUUGUUGGGUUAUUGCAUUGAGGACGGAGAGCUGCUUCUGGUCUACGAGUUAAUGCAGAAACACAGCUUAGAUAUGCAUCUGUUUCGAAAUAAGUUUCUCGGAUUCUUGUUAAAAAUACAAGUUUCGCUUCCAUGGGACAUAAGGUUUAAGAUAGUGAUAGGAAUGGCCAAAGGGCUGGCAUUCCUGCUUACGUCAGAAAUGCAAGUGAUACAUAGAGACAUUAAGACCUCCAACAUAUUACUUGAUGGGUUUUACAAUGCCAAGAUCUCAGACUUCGGCUUGGCAAAGACUAGCCCUUCAGAAAGCAAGUCUCAUGUCACAACGAGAGUAAUGGGAACUUACGGCUUUGCAGAUCCUGAAUACGUCUCCACUGGGCAUCUGUAUGUUAAGAGCGAUGUGUACGGGUUUGGUGUUGUGCUGGUCGAGAUACUGACUGGUCUCCGUGCUAUUGAUCCUCGCCGGCCCAGAGGCCAGGAAAUUCUGGUAGAUUGGAUGAAGCCUUUUCUGACCAACAAGCGAAAGCUGAAGAGCUGCAUGGAUUCCCGUCUCGAGGGGAAGUAUCCUCAUUUGGCUGUGUACAAGAUAGCGCAGCUUGCUCUUAACUGCCUCGCCCUCGAGCCCAACUGCCGUCCUUCCAUGGAAAAGGUGGUAAAAACUCUGGAGGAGCUUGAAUCUUCCCAUCCCAAGAUGACAACGGAGCCCAAGUUCCGUCCAACAUGUCUAGGUCCUUAGAAGCCCCGUCAGCAAUAUCUGCACUAUCGAUUUCCUCUCCACCUGAUGUAGAAUGGGGGUACAGCCAUACCAUUUCAAGGUUCACCCAAAAUGCGAUAACUAUAGAACAAGAAACUAAAGCAGGUAACUUGACGGGGAAGCCAUGCGGUGAAUUCAGUCCAAUUGCUAUGCCGAAGCAUUGAGAACCCUGAAAUAUACUAUGAUCAUAUGCCUUUCGGAUCAAUCAAAGAUCCAAAUUCUUUAUUGCGUGAUUUGUUGAAAGUAAGAAUGAUUUUUUAGGUCUGGUGGGGAGGAACAGUUACCAUUUUGCCAGUGUAUAAGGAAUUUGGAUCUGUUUCACGUUUGCAGCAUAUCAUCAUGCCGACAUGUUUAUACACAUCUUCUGUUCUCUCGUUACAUUUUUGCUGCCGGUGCUGUCUUGUCAAUGCCGGAUCAUUCAAUUUCUUCAUCAUCAAGAAACAAUUGUGGUUCGCUAGCUGUAUUCAAUGGCACUUCUGGUAGUGUUGCUGUCCCUCGUGAUUGGAAAAAUGAUGAAUUUGAUUAUGUCUUGAAAUAGAAGAAGUCAUCAGUGGAGCUAUUUACUAGAAGUUCUGUUGUCUCUUUUAAGUAUGUAAUUUGGUGAUUUGGAGUUGAUG